UAACCACCAGGCAGUGAUUCUGUGGGAAUCGAACAGGCCUUCGUGGGUAGGGAUUCAGGCUUUGAUAAACACCCUUAAUGGUCUUCCCAGUCACUGAGGAGUCUCCGCUCGACCGUAUGUGUUCUUCUGUCCUACGGAGUACUGUGGUAAACACUUUCAGAGAUGUGUUUGAUGACAUAAUCAGAUUCAAGUGGAACGACGAGACGACAACUGAGUUGCUCGGAUCAAGUCGACGGACCACUGACGAUUUAUGGCUCAUCUACCGAAACAUGUAUGCAGCAAUGCUGCAACCCCAACUAAGUCGCCUGGUAGGUGCCUGGUAAUCAUUGGCUGCCAGGCAUGAUGGAACAUGACUUCUGCGUCGCACCCUUAAUGUGUCCACCGAUUUGAGGAUUGUCAUUGCAGGUUGCCUUGCGGAGAUGUGUCUGCCCACCAGCGGCCAUUUCGGUAACCGUCCAAAGAUGGUAAACCCUGAAUCCAGUUCGGUAUGAACAUAACCUUCUUUGCCGAAGACCCAAACAGCCAGGAGAAUCAGCCAUCAUCCAAUUUGGAGCCACGCGUUGACCCCAGCUCAGUCAGCUCACUGCCGCCAUGGUCGAGAUCAAAUUUAUCGAUCGACGUAAAUGCCACCGGGUUGUACCUAUGCAGGUACUUUGCCUCGGAGCAGGCCGAACAGGAACUGAAUCAAUGCGCAGAGCCUUGCAACAACUUGGCUACCACGAAACGUAUCAUGGUUUUGCUAGCGCCUUCGAGACACCACUCGACAGUCAGAUGUGGUUAGAGGCCUGUAACGCAAAGUUCAAAGGGAAAGGAAAGCCAUUCAACCGUCAUGAUUGGGAUCAGCUCCUGGGACAUUGUCAGGCUGUAACGGACGCCCCUGCUAUGUGCUUCGGCCCAGAGCUCAUAGAAGCUUAUCCAGAGGCCAAAGUCAUCCUCACGAACCGAGACGUCGACUCAUGGCACAAAUCAUUCACCGAAGCCGCCGUCGCCCCGUUUUAUUCCCUCCCCGGCAGGAUCACUGGGUUUAUCACAUGGGCCAUGAACUCGCCUUUCAAAUAUGGCCAGCCAGUGUGGAAAAUGGUACUCGAGGAUUUCUUCCAUAUCAAUCCACACGCUCCAAAUGGCAUCGAUACGAGUGCUGCAAAGGAAGUGUACAGACAGCACUAUGCGCAGAUCAGGAAGCUGGUGCCCAAAGACAGGCUUUUAGAGUAUCAAGUCCAGGAUGGAUGGGAGCCCCUUUGCAAAUUCCUCGGCAAGGAAGUCCGUGAUGCCCCAUUUCCGCGAGGCAAUGAAAAAGCAGAUCUCCACGAGAGAAUUGAAGCGUACAGUCGGGCACAAGCUAAGAUGCUCGGGAUGAAGUUGGCUCAAUUCGUCGGUAUUGUCCUGGUAGCUUGGGCGGUGAAAAGAUGGUUCAGCCAGUAAAGCUUGUUGUAGUAUCUCUGACGAUGCUUACCUUGGAGGAAUACGCUGCGGGAUGACUAUUGCUUCAGCUGAACACGAUGCUCCUCGCCAAACUUCGGGUCAAAGAUAUUCCGUCCCACACGUUGUGAGAUGACGAGCCCAGAAGAACAAACUGUCGUUCCAGCUCACUCUGCGCUUUUUCCCUUUCUUUGCGCGAGCGAAACAUUGGAUAACCUUGCACCAAAGAUGCUAUCUUACGCUGCUUCGUCCGCCUUAACGCCAAGCCAUCAGGCAACAAGUCCAGAUUCCAAUUGUCUCGUAUACAGCUGAGGCUACCCCUCCUCCAAGUAAGACCUGGAAGCCAAUGAUACGAAAGCAUGUUCAGCCAGCCUGAUGAUCCAUGUCAGUCACUGCUGGGCAGCUGAAAUGGAGGAGGAGCUCAUAUACGGGCUGUGGGAAGGAGCGGUCUUGUCAG